AACAAAAACACUUUGAACCAAUAAUACACCUGCCACGUAAUCGAUCCGCGCCACAGUUCCUUCCGUCAAUCACAGCCGUCCAUCUCUUCAAACUACCCAUAAAUACCAUCGUCUCCAUCCCCACAAAUCCACCUGCAACUGUUCUCUUUGAAGCUGACAUUUUUGUGGGGUCUUCUUCAUCAUCCUCCAAUUCCAAUUCCACUUCCAAUGGCAGCUUCACUUCCCCCAUACCCACAGAUGAUUUUGGAAGCCAUUGAUGGUUUAAAGCAGAAAGAAGGAUCAAACAAGUCAUCAAUAUCAAACUUCAUAGAAUCGACAUACGGUGAUUUACCAGAUGGACACAUAAACGAGUUGACAGAUCAUCUGAACAAAUUAAAGGACAGCGGCGACCUUGUGUUCGUGAAGAACAACUAUAUGCGACCCGACCCGAAUGCUCCUUUGAAACGUGGGCGUGGACGGCCGGCGAAGGCCAAGGAUCCAUCGGGUGGUGUAGAAACGCAAGAUCCAGUAGUACAGGGUGAGAGUGGGGUGGAGAUGAAGAGGGGAAGAGGAAGGCCGAGGAAGGAUCCAAAUGCAGCACCGGCGGCGAAGAAGGUGAAGGUGGUGGCGGCGAGUGGUGGUGGUAGGCCAAGAGGUAGGCCCCGGAAAGUGCAGGCGGAGUUGGCCGGAGUUGUAGCCAAUUAAAUGACUAAUUUGCAGCUUGUUUGUGUUUGGGUUUGUAGGGUAGAAUUUGGUGUAAAUUAGAAAAAGCAGAUGAGGGUUUUGUGGUUUAAUUUAGUUUAUGUUUGUUGGUAAAGAUUUCAACUAAUUAUAAAUGUUGUGGUUAUGUUAAAAAAAGACUUGUCAUAAGUAAA